GUUGCUUGGGGUUAGUGUAUUUUCAUAUAGGCAGCAUUCAAGGAAAGGAGAUAAGUAGAAAUACAGCUGUAGCUGGGAGAGGGCAUCAAUUUACCAUCAUUGUGGAGAGAGAUAAAGGCUGACAAGGUGAGGAAGUAAAGAUGCUGUGGACUCUAUUGAUCGUUUCUCUGAUUGGAAGUGCACACUUGGAAAAAAAAACAGCUCGCUGCCAAAUAGAAGACAUAACACGUAAUGGGACAACAUCUCAGUCAACAAACUAUACAAAUGGCGUUACCACCUAUACGGCUGACAGAGCUAUUGAUGGGGAUCUGGAAAAAUGUGCUGACACACUGGAACUGAACAACUCCUGGUGGAGAAUUGACCUGCUCGGUGUCUACAGAAUUUCUAACAUCACUAUCUACAACCUAGACCAAGUCAAUACUGAUAUGAGCGGUGCUCAGAUCUACAUUGGGAACUCUCGUCAGAACAACGGCACCGCCAACCCAUUGCGUACAACCAUCCAAAACUUCAAGAAAAACCAUUUCAAUUACUAUUUAUUUAAUACAACAGUGUCGGGGCGCUACAUCACGGUGUUCUUAUCGGAAAAAACUCUAAUUCUGUGUGAAGUGAUGAUCUUCGGCAUAAUAAAAGAAUCAAGCUUUGAGCUGGUCAAAGAGAAGAAGACGUGGGUAGAUGCCCUGUACUACUGCAGGGACAACGGCAUGGACCUGGCUUCCAUUGUUGACGAAGACACUCAGGUCUGGGCUGAGUUGGAGGCCCGGAAGGCCGACACUCCUUUUGUGUGGCUGGGCCUUCGCUACACCUGCACCCUCAACUUCUGGUUCUGGGUCGAUGAUCAGCACUUAGAAUUCAAUCGCUGGGCUCCAAAUAGUAAGAUAGAAGAGUGUGACAUGAGUGUUGCCAUGGACAGAAAAGAGGACCAUCUCUGGUACAGCAAGCUUGACAACGAGACGUUUAAUUUCAUCUGUGCAAAGUAGCCCACAUGUGAGAAAUUAAUGUUUUGCUUUUCUCAGUCCCUCUUUUUCAUUUGAUCGCGUGUCAGUGGGGACAUUGUUGUGCUGUGACAAAUUCUCCUCUGAUGUGCUGUAGGUGAUGGGUUCAGGCCCACUGCAGCAGCUUUCCACAUAAAAGUGAUGGAAUGAUGCCGAGAGCAUCUCCACUCUCACCUGAAGUGUAAAUAUGGCUUACAACAGGGGCGUUUCUAGAUGUUACAUACCAGACAAAGGGCCUGUUUGCAUGUGUUCUCCCUCUUGUUUUUCUUUCUCUUCCCCACUCUGUUUUGACGUGUGUACUGUGCUAACUGUGUAUUUUAACAUCAUUUUGGACCAUCAUUGUAUGGGAAACACUGAAUUAUAUAACUAGAAAGAAACCAACAAUUCUUACUUUAAUGUUGAGCCACAGGGCCAUUACUACAAAGGUGAGGUAGUAGUACAAAUGAAAUCGGAUAUGUAUAUAUAGAUAAGCAGACAUUUCCAAUAAGCAGUAUCAAUAACUUUGGAAAAUUAGAGAUUUAUGCGAUUUUGACUAUUUUCUAAAAAUGGCUCAGAAUGUUUUUCUGAAUGAUCUAGGCAUCUACAUUCUGGGUUUAGUUUCACAAUGCUGUGAUAUUUCUAGAGCAGAACUCCUUAGCUCACAGUAGAUUAACACAGACUUUUUUUUUUUUUUUAACAAAUAUUUUUUAGGGGUGCCGGCAUCAAGUUUACGGGUACUUCAGCACCCUUAAAAAAGGGUUAAAAUCGCCCCUGGCUUACAACAAAACAUAUAUAUAUAUAUAUUUAGUAACUGUUUAUUUAUUAGUUUCACUCUGUAUUUUAGGCCAUGCAUGCACUGACUUUGUAGAUGUCUGGAAUAUGUUUAAAGUUGAAGUUUGAAGUUGUGUCAAUGUAUCCAUUUGAAUUCAUGAUACCGUAAUAUAAUUAUUAUAUGAUAGAUUACUAAUUUCCACUGUUAUAAUAUGUAAGAAUGUUUUUUUGGUGGAAGAAAUCAUUUUAGAUGUCUCAAAUAUACAAAAAUGACGAAAAAAAUGCAUUGCAAUUUACAUUGUAUAGGCCUACAUUUUAUGUGGCCACAUAUAUUUGCAUAUACCUUUGUUGAUAUAAAACAUUUGCAGCCUUCAA